AUCGACUUCUCAGAACUUGUUCUGGAGGAAAUCAUUGGCAUAGGAGGCUUUGGAAAAGUGUACCGGGCUGUAUGGGUAGGAGAUGAGGUUGCUGUCAAGGCAGCUCGCUAUGACCCUGAUGAGGACAUCAGCCAGACCAUUGAGAAUGUCCGCCAGGAGGCCAAGCUCUUUGCCAUGUUAAAGCACCCGAACAUCAUUGCCCUCAGGGGCGUGUGUUUGAAGGAACCUAAUCUCUGCUUGAUCAUGGAGUUUGCCCGCGGAGGAUCGCUGAAUAGAGUGCUGUCUGGUAAAAGGAUACCUCCUGACAUCCUGGUGAACUGGGCAGUGCAGAUUGCCAGGGGAAUGAACUACCUGCACGAGGAGGCAAUUGUCCCCAUCAUUCACCGCGACCUGAAGUCCAGCAACAUCCUGAUACUCGAAAAGGUGGAAAAUGGAGAUCUGAGCAACAAGAUAUUGAAGAUCACGGAUUUCGGCUUGGCCAGGGAGUGGCAUAAAACUACCAAAAUGAGCGCGGCGGGGACGUAUGCCUGGAUGGCUCCCGAGGUCAUCCGCUCCUCCAUGUUCUCCAAGGGCAGCGAUGUGUGGAGUUACGGCGUGCUGCUCUGGGAGCUGCUGACAGGAGAGGUACCCUUCCGGGGCAUCGAUGGCCUUGCGGUAGCAUACGGCGUUGCCAUGAAUAAACUCGCCCUUCCAAUCCCCUCCACGUGUCCUGAGCCUUUUGCCAAACUCAUGGAAGAUUGUUGGAACCCUGAUCCACACUCGCGACCUUCCUUUGCCAGUAUCCUGGACCAUCUCACUGCCAUAGAAGAGUCUGGUUUCUUUGAAAUGCCCAAAGAUUCCUUCCACUCCCUGCAGGAAGACUGGAAACAAGAAAUUCAAGAGAUGUUUGAUCAGCUCAGAGCCAAAGAAAAGGAGCUGCGCACCUGGGAGGAAGAGCUGACUCGUGCUGCUGUUGAGCAGAAGAACCACGAGGAGCUGCUGCGAAGGCGGGAACAGGAGCUGGCAGAGCGUGAGAUCGACAUCCUGGAAAGGGAGCUCAACAUCAUCAUCCACCAGCUGUGUCAGGAGAAGCCCAGGGUGAAGAAACGCAUGGGGAAGUUCAAGAGGAGCCGGCUGAAGUUAAAAGAUGGCAACCACAUCAGCCUGCCUUCAGAUUUCCAGCAUAAAUUCACUGUGCAAGCUUCUCCGACGAUGGAUAAAAGGAAAAGCUUGAUCAGUAGCUGCUCCAGCCCUCCUGCAAGUCCUACCAUUAUUCCCAGACUCAGGGCCAUACAGUGUACUCCUGCUGAAAGCAGCAAAACGUGGGGACGAAGCUCAGUCCUUCCAAAGGAGGAAGGAGAGGAAGAAGAGAAGAGAGGCCAGAAGAAAAAGGGACGCACUUGGGGACCAAGCUCACUUUGUCACAAGGAGCUAGGUGCAGGAGAAGAUGGUCUGAAAGCUCUGGUAGAAGGAUACAAACAGUGGUCAUCCAGUGCACCGAACCUUGGGAAGAUCCAGAGGACUGCCCCUGCUUUUCCAGGAUUCACCAGCUUAGCAGAGAUAGAUGAUGAAGACAACGAAUGUCUUAAUGGGGAGGGCAAAGUGCACCCUUCACCUGGGCACAAUCAGUCAUACCUCUGCAUCCCAUUUCAGAAGAAUGAAGACUGGGAUGGCCCUUCUAGUGAUGCCAAUGAGGAGUCCACCCCCGUGAACUCUGCUACGAGCACCCCACAGCUGACACCCACCAACAGCCUCAAACGUAGCGGCUCCCACCACAAGCGAUGUGAGAUUGCCUUGCUUGGCUGUGGAGCAGUGCUGGCUGCUGCAGGCCUGGGCUUUGAUCUCUUAGAAGCAGGGAAGUGUCAGCUGCUGAUUGAAGAGGAGCCAGAGGCACCCAAGGAAGAGAAGAAGAAGCGUGACAGCAUUUUCCAGCGAGCUGGACGCCCACGCAGGAGCACCAGUCCACCUUCCCGAAAGAUCUUCAGGAAGGAGGAUCCCAUGUUGUUGCUAGGCGAGCCAUCCACCUCCCUCACCCUUCUUUCCCUGUCUUCCAUUUCGGAAUGUAACUCCACCCGGUCCCUGCUGCGCUCGGACAGCGACGAGAUCGUGGUGUAUGAAAUGCCCGUCAGCCCGGUGACGGUCAAGGCUCCCUUGCCAGCCAUCACCAACCCGCUAGUCAAUGUCCAGAUCGAGAGGUUCAAACAAGACCCCAACCAGUCCCUGACUCCCACACAUGUGACUGUCUCUUCCCACACCCAGCAGAGUGGGCACAGGCGCACACCUUCUGAUGGGGCCAUCAAAGGGAGUGGACUAGUUGUCAAUGGGUGCCCAACCAGUGGAUGCCCUUCCAGUAGCUGUUUAACUGGAGCACUGGGAGCAGGUGUAUUAAAAACACCUAGUCCAAGUAGAGAUCCCAAUGAGGUCCCUCGCCUGCCAGACCCCAACCUUGUUUUUCCUCCAACCCCGAGACGAUGGAAUGCACAGCAGGACCCCACCCUGGAAAGGCCCAAGACAUUGGAGUUCCUGCCCCGGCCACGUCCCGCAGCCAGUCGGCAGCGGCUCGAUCCCUGGUGGUUUGUGUCGCCCAGCAACGCCAAGGGCGAGUCUUCUGCCAACAGCUCAAGUACUGAUACUCCAAGCAAUCUGGACUCUUGUUUUGCCAGUAGCAGCAGCACUGUAGAAGAGAGACCUGGACUGCCUGCACUGCUCCCUUUCCAGGUGGGUCUCCCUGUGGAGGAGCGGACGCUGUUGGACAUGGACGCGGAGGGGCAGAGCCAGGACAGCACCGUUCCGCUAUGCAGAAGUGAACUGAACACACACAAAGCUGCAGCAUACGAACUCAAGCAAGAAUUCUGGUCUUAG